CACAUGGAUAUCAUUUGGUGGAGGGGAAAUCAGGCCACGCAAUGGAGGACUAUGUUUUUGCUGAAUUUAAGGAAGUCCACGACGACGAACUUGGUCUGUUUGCGAUAUUUGACGGUCACUUGAGCCGUGAGAUACCUGAUUACUUGAAGUCUCAUCUUUUCAACAACAUUCUGAAUGAGCCCGACUUUUGGACAGCUACAGAAAAAGCAAUCAGGAGAGCAUACCGGAUAACAGACAGCACAAUAUUGGAGAAAGCCAAGGAUCAAGGUGGUUCGACGGCUGUUACAGCAAUAUUGAUCAAUUGCCAGAAGCUUGUGGUUGCUAACGUUGGAGAUUCUCGUGCUGUCAUCUGCAAGAACGGUGUGGCAAAGCAGUUGUCCGUUGAUCAUGAGCCUGAUAAAGAAAAGGACAUUAUUGAGAACAGAGGUGGCUUCGUGUCAAAAUUCCCAGGUGACGUGCCACGUGUUGAUGGACAACUAGCAGUAGCAAGGGCAUUUGGGGAUAAAAGCUUGAAGGAUCAUCUUAGUUCAGAACCAGACGUGGCAACGGAGGUUAUAGAUGAUACGGCGGAGUUUAUAAUCUUGGCGAGUGAUGGCAUCUGGAAGGUUAUGUCGAAUCAAGAGGCAGUUGAUUGCAUCAGGCACAUCAAAGAUGCUCAAAAAGCAGCUAAGCACCUUAAUGAAGAGGCGCUCGCUAGGAAAAGCAAGGAUGAUAUUUCCUGUGUAAUUGUGAGGUUCCGAUGAUCCUUCAGUCCCUGGUUUAGUUGGUGAUCAUGUUGGAUUUUGAUGUUAUUUUGUUUAUUGAUGGUUGGGAUAUGAUGUUUUUCUCCUCUCUUUCUCCCCUCUUGUUUGAAAUUGUUAUGCUGAUAUUUGAUAUGUGAAAUCUUGAUUUGCGGCA